AUGAGAAAAUAAUAAUAAUAAGAUGAAGCAGAAGAAGAUUAAGCAUCUCUUAUGCCAAUAAAAAAUCAUAUAAAACGAAUUGAAGUAGUUGUUUGAAUUAGGUUAAUAUUAGGAAAUGUUAGUGUUGUUAAAUAAUGAUCUUGUUAAUGAUGCUAAGGAUAUUGAUAAGAAUAGACAAGAUAUUAGAAGUUUAGGAGAAGCUCAAAAUAAAGAAAGAACAGAAUUGCAUAACUCAUUACUUGAUCAUUGUCAUAAAAUUGUAACUGAUAUGCGAGAAUUAAAUUAAUAAUCAAAAAGUGAAACAUAUAAUCUUAAACAAUAAGUAAUCAACUAAUNAGAACUGUUAUAACCGUGGCAGCAGGAUUAAAAUUAAAACUUGAUGGCAUUGUGCAUCACAUAAUAGAGAUACUUGAUAGUGAAACAGUCAAUAUUUCAAGAUAUUUUUAAAUUGCAAAUGAAUGGAUAGAAAGAGGAUUUAAUAUUGGUGCUGUAUUAGGUAAUAGAAAUGAAUUAAAAGAAGCGAAGUUCAUUGCAUGGCAGGAAUCUCCCGUUCAGCAGCAAUAGUAAUUAGUUACCUUAUAGAAAAGAAGAAGAUGAAUUAUAACUAAGCCUUAUCUUUUGUUAAAUCUAAAAGACCCUAAAUUAAUCCAAAUAAAGGUUUUAGUAAUUAAUUACAAGCAUUUGUUGCAAAAGUCUCAUAACCUCCAUUGUCUAAAAAUUCAAGAGGAAAUCAUUUCUAACAAAAUCAAGAAUACUAUGAUUGUAAUCAUUAUGCUCCUAUUAAUCGAAAGGGAUCAGCUGGAAUCUUACAAUAAAAUAUGAACUUUUAUAAAUCAAUAACUAAAUCUUUGUCUUAGAGUAAGAAUAAAAUUAAAUGA